AUGGUUGCCACGUACACUAUCCUCGGCCGCAAAGUCGGUUCUCACGUCCUUGCCAUGACCGUCCUCGGCGGCACUGCCGGCGGCAUCUACUUUGCCCUCCCAGGAAAGCAGAGCAAGGCUCAGGCCCCACCAAUCAAGGCCAGCAGCAAGGACGAGGAAGCAUUCAUCCAGGAAUUCCUUAAGAGCGUCGAGACCGAAGACUCCAAGGCCAAAGCCAAGCACUAA